AUGUCGUCGUCUUCGGCAGCGAGCGCACACUCGAAGAAACGUAAGCGCGAUAUUAUUCCCGAAAACGAGGACGAAAAACUCGAGAUCGAUGUCAACGCCCCAGAACCCGCUUCAAAGAAGGCCAAGAGGAAAGAGAAGAAGCUGGCAAAAUCCUCCUCGCGAAAGGUCGCAACGCCCAAAACGCCUGAAGAAGAUACAGCAGCAAAGUCUGAGGGCGAAGAGGAUGUCGCGCCCAAGCAGAAGUCUGCGCCUGCAGCUGAGACGCCCGCAAAGCGAUCAGCGUACGGCAUUUGGAUCGGCAACCUGCCAUUCCACGCAACCAAAGCCUCUGUGCGCGAAUUUCUACGAGAUGAGGGCGGAAUCGAUGAGACGAGCGUCACGCGCGUGCACAUGCCUACAGGCGAGAGAGGGCAGAACAAGGGCUUCGCAUACGUCGACUUCACCACCCCGGCUGUCCUCGACAUUGCCUUGACCCUGAGCGAACGAUUGCUAUUGGGCAGGAAGGUCCUGAUCAAAAACGCAAAGAGCUUCGAAGGCAGGCCUCAGAAGACAGCUGCUGAGAUUGCGACCAAUGGCAGCGUGAGCGGAAAGGCACCGAGCAAGCGGAUAUUCGUCGGAAACCUCAGCUUUGACAUCACCCAAGACGAUCUCGAGCAGCACUUCAGCCAGGCUGGCCAGGUGGAGGACGUCCACGUAGCGACGUUUGAGGACAGCGGGAAGUGCAAGGGUUAUGCCUGGCUUACCUUUGCAAAUGUCCAGUCCGCUCAGAGCGCAGUUCGAGGAUUCGUACACAAAGAAGCAGAAGAGGACGCAGAUGAAGAAGAUGAUGGUGAUGAGGUGAAGACGAGGAAGCGUCCGUCGAAGCCAAAGAAACCUGUUAAGUGGUUCAUCAACCGCCUCUACGGCCGUGAGCUGCGCUGCGAAUUUGCCGAAGAUUCGCAGACCAGAUAUAAGAAGCGCUUUGCUGGAGGCGGCGCCAAAGACAAUCGCGCAUCAGGGCCCACCGAAGAUGCUAUCACGGCAGCUGAUGAGAUGAACGGGACUAGCGGACAGCACUUCACGCCCAGGAGCAACUCGAGACCAAAGUUGGACAAAGAUCAACGACAAGCGCAACGUCGCCUAAAGCACGACGCUAGAAGAACUGCUCCCGGCAAAGCACUUGCACACGCACCCAGAUCAUCUGCGGCUAUUGUCGCUGGAGCAGGCAACAAAGUCACGUUUGAUUAA